GUCGUUUCCUUCACCUCGCUCGCGCUGUCUGUCACGUGGUCCUCCCAGAGCGAUGUCCCAUAUGAGAAUGUAGCUAUUUCUCACAGAUUAUUGCACUGCAUCCGAAGAUCACUCUGCCAGGAAUACACAAAAUAACAGUGCAAUAAUCUAAAAAUAUUGUCACUACCUAAGCAUGUGAGAUGAAAAUAUCAGACGUGUGAGGGAAAUUGAACAGUCUCGUCGGAAAAGGCAGUUAUCGCGCAUCAUCGCUUAAAAGUUUGCCCGGAGCCGCAGUCUACUGUCAUUUAUUUUCUUGUUGUCGGGAAACAUGUUUGCAAAUGCAACAAUGGUGUUUCUUUCUUGUUAAGACAUGCGUACUUACUUGAUGAAUGUCUUAAACGUGCUUCAAAUAUAAGCGCGCGUAAUCUGACUGGAGUCUGUGCACGGUUUUGCGCUUCUCUCGGCGGACUGGAAUACUUUGUAUUAACGCGAGCAAAACAUCUGUCGAUGACUGGGAGAAGGCUGCUGAAUACUGAGGGAGGAAGAGCAAAGCCUGGAGCACAGAGAAUAAGCCUCUGUAGGGUUAAACACGACAGUACCCGUCCCGGAGAGGGCGAAGGAUUCUGGAGGGUGAUAGUGGCUGUGGACUGGACAUCACUGUGAACCUUCACCCGGGACACAGAGAGAGAAAGAGAGAGAGAGAAAUGGUCUUCGUGAUGGCAUCAAAGUGGCUUUUAUGUUUCUGCCUGCUUUGGCUGUGCGUGACAAGGUCUCUUGCUGCUGAUGCUGAGGAGAGGCUGGUAGAUUUUCUGCUUGGUCCUGAGCGCUACAACAAACUUAUCCGGCCUGCGGUCAAUAAGAGUCAGCAGGUCACUAUUGGCAUCAAAGUCUCUCUAGCACAGCUCAUUAGUGUGAAUGAGAGGGAACAAAUCAUGACAACGAAUGUGUGGCUGACUCAGGAGUGGAAUGACUACAGACUGGUGUGGGAUCCGAAUGAGUAUGAGGGCAUCAAAAAACUACGAAUACCAUCGCGGCACAUCUGGCUUCCUGAUAUAGUACUCUAUAACAAUGCAGAUGGUGUGUAUGAAGUAUCAUUUUACUGCAAUGCAGUUGUCUCCAACACUGGUGAUAUUUUCUGGCUCCCUCCUGCCAUCUACAAGAGCGCCUGUGCUAUUGAAGUCCGUAACUUCCCCUUCGAUCAACAGAACUGCACGCUUAAAUUUCGUUCUUGGACCUAUGAUCGCACAGAACUCGAUCUUGUCUUGACGUCCGAUUUUGCCAGUCGUGAUGAUUACACCCCAAGCGGUGAAUGGGAUAUUGUGUCACUCCCUGGCAGAAAAAACGAAGACCCCAAUGACCUCACGUAUCUGGAUGUCACGUACGACUUUGUGAUCAAGCGCAAACCUCUCUUCUACACGAUUAACCUCAUCAUUCCAUGCGUCCUCAUCACUUCUCUUGCAAUUCUGGUUUUCUACCUUCCUUCAGACUGUGGAGAGAAGAUGACACUUUGUAUAUCAGUUCUUCUGGCUCUAACUGUGUUUCUGCUCCUGAUAUCGAAGAUCGUCCCGCCGACAUCCCUGGCUGUUCCAUUAAUAGGGAAGUAUUUGAUGUUUACGAUGGUGCUGGUCACAUUUUCUAUCGUGACGAGUGUGUGUGUGCUCAAUGUUCACCACCGUUCUCCAUCGACACACCGCAUGCCCGAGUGGGUCAAGCGUGUGUUCCUGCAUAAGCUUCCUAUUUUCCUUCUGAUGCGACGGCCCGGAAGGUCUAAUGUACGGGAAAGGUUUCGACGGAAGCAUCAGCGGAAAUCAUUCUCAUCUGAAGCUAAGGGCAUAAAGUUGGAAGGAGACUCAUUCUUCUUAAGUGAUGACCCUGGGCGUGUGUGUGGGGCCUGGAGGGUCGGUGACCUUCCUGAGGGUUCAGAGUUCAGGCAGAGAGUGAAAGUCAGGCAUGACCCAGAUGUGGAUGAGGCCAUAGAGGGUGUGAGGUUCAUUGCUGAACAUAUGAAGAUUGAGGAUGAUGAUGAAGGGAUCAUUGAGGACUGGAAGUAUGUAGCCAUGGUGAUUGACCGGCUCUUCCUCUGGAUUUUUAUCCUGGUGUGUGUCGUCGGCACACUCGGACUCUUUGUUCAGCCUCUCUUUCAGAGCUACAACACCCCCGUGGCAGAAGAAGUGUAUGGGGAUUUCUAAAAUAUCUGCUGAGUGAUCCUGUGACUUUUGGACGAACUUGUUGACCGAGCUUUGACAUAUCACAAACACAUAUCCACAUUAACCUUCCGCAGAACAGAACCAUUGUGGGAAUUCACUAAACAGUUUGCAUUAGUCUAUGGUAUUUUAGCACAAACAUGUGAAUCUUAUUCGCAACCCAGUUUAAGCAGGCACAAAAAUUUUGUAUUUAAAUUCAUCAUUUUCAGCACAAAAUCUGUCUUUCUAUGCAAAUUAGGCUUCUUAUAUGUGUAUUCAAAAAAUGAAUGCUGUGUGCCUAUAGUACAAUUUAUGUUGCAUUAUUAUUGCCCAUGGAAAGCAGGCUGUAAACACAAUUUUAUGUAAAACUGAUAUUUGCUUACAUUUUCUAUUGAUCAUGCUUGCAGUAAAUUAUCAAAUGAUGAUUAAUUGGAGUAGAGCAUUAUAAUCAGCCAUAAAAUCAGCCGUAACCUGAUUUGCAUAAUUCUUUUAGAUGCAGACAAACACAUCAGCUGGUUCAGAUGCUUCUUAGUGAAUUCCACCUGUGUCACAUGACAAACACUCUCAAAGCUAUAAACCAAUGAUCCUGUUUCUUUAAGAUUUUUUCAUUUAAACAAUAAUAGCAAUAUAUGACAGCUAUCAGUGCCAUUUAGUCAUCAUCUUUGCAGCCAAAUCAUUGUAUAACUAUAUUUAUAUAGCUUAUGUAGUGUUCACUUUUAUUUUUUUAUUUUGUAAGGCACACAUUCACUUCUUUCAAAGUAGGUUUACAGGGUUUCAAGAGCAGAUGAUUAUUGAAGACCUUGAUGCAAGGACUGAUUUUAUAAGACAUUUCUUUCUCCUCGCACACAAAUGCAUUGACAGACAAACUGUAGUUCACACAGUAUUGCUUGAUAUGAACGUUUGAUUAAUGGCUGUGAGUGGUUUUCCUGAACUGAAUCACAUUUUAAUUGCCUUAAAAGAAAGUUUCAUACAGUGAUUGAAAAGCACUUCACCACCACAACAAAAUGAUCAAUAUACUUUUCAAAAUAAGAAUUGUAAUUAUAAAAAUAAUACAAUA